GAGACCAACAUGGGUCACCAGCAGCUCUACUGGAGACAUCUGAGAAAAUUUGUCCAGGGUUCUCAUUCUUACCGGGUCUGCUCAAACCAGCAGAGUCUAAUUUGGAAAUAUGGCCUCAAUAUGUGCCGUCAGUGCUUCUUCCAGUACACAAAAAACAUGGACUUCGUUAAAUGA